GAACACACAUUUUACUGCCCUACUUCUGCUUUUUUUACUUUAUUCAGCCUAAACAUAGACGUCAGCUCAAGCCUGAGAAUAUAAUUUGGGGAAGAUAAGAGAAGCAGCAGAAUAAGGAGAGAAGACAUACAUGAAAUAACAAAUACAAUGUAUUUGUCCGGAUUAUGAAGCCAAAAAGUUACAAAUAAAGGCUUUUUUAAUCGAAUCCCUGGAUGGUGCUACAUUUUUCUAAAUACAAUAUAAGUCAAGACGAGAGAAGAGCAUCAUGUCGGGAGAGAGAGGAGAAACAAUGAGAGAAAGAGAAGAAUACUUCCAUGGAACAGGGUAACGACAGAGAAGGAUUUAAUGAUUCCGCUCAGCCCAGUAUUAUCUAAUAGAUAUAAUCUGAUUGGCUCCUCGCUGCAUUGGGAACACCAAUAAACAUCAGGAUGCGGCACCUACAGCCUCAGAUUUGCCAACAUGGAUUUGUGGUUGUGUUUCUUCUCUUUUCUUUGCCUGGGCAUGGAGCUGUUAACGGCCAAACACCAGGUUAUGAACUGAAGACCCAGGAGUCAGUGUCAGUGGCAUCUGGUCUCUGUGUGGAAAUUCCCUGUACAUUUAACAUUUCUGCCAAUGGAAAUUUAUCUACAAGUGUCACAGGGAUUUGGAGUAGAACAGACAUUAGUGACAUUGUUGCAGCCUCUACAGAUGCCUCUAAGGUUUCUGAGAGAACAAAAGGCAGAUUCACCUUGACUGGGAAAGUACAUGAAAGAAACUGUUCAUUCUCUAUCAGCAAAGCACAACCAGAGGAUCAAGGGACCUAUGUAUUUAGAAUUGAAGACAGAGACAUUAAAUAUUCCUAUAGUUGGAACAAGCUCAAUGUGACAGUGACAAAUCUAUCAGAACCGACUAUAUCCCCUGUGAGGAAUCUGAUCGCUGGGAAGCAAAUAACACUGACUUGUACGUCUCAUCCAGCACCUCAAGGGUGCAAGGGAAUCAUCACAUGGGAAGGAAGGAGAAACAUAGAGAACACAACUAACUAUGAGAGGAAGGAUGAGGCUGGGAAAGUCACCUCCAUAUCAAACAUCACUUUUACUCCAUCCCAGAGAGAUCACGAGAGCUCACUAACAUGUACAGUGACUUACAGUGGGGUCUCCACUAACAGCAGCAUCACCCUGGAUGUUGAGUAUGCCCCAAUAAGUCCAACUAUUUCGAACUACACAUCAGCGAGUAUGAAUUGUACAUCAGCGGGUUGCCAGUUUGAAGUCAUAGAAGGAACCUCCCUGUCCCUGCUCUGCUGUGCUGAAAGUAACCCUCCUGCCAACCUGUCCUGGGCAAAACAGAACAGCACCGACCCCCUAAAUUCCUCAAGUGGGAGAUUAGAAAUUUCUCAUGUAACAACUGAUAAUAAGGGAGAUUAUAUUUGCCAGGCAAAAAAUAAACAUGGACGUUCAACAUUAUCAAAUACAGUAGUUAUUAUUUAUGCCCCAAAGCGACUAACUAUUAAAUCCUGCAACAUAAAUGGUUGCUCUGUGUAUGAUGAACAUUCUUCAGUAGAAGUCUUUGAAGGAAAUUCCUUGUACCUGCAAUGUAAAGCUGACAGUAACCCAAUUGCAAAAUUGUCUUGGAUAAAACAUACACAGAACAGCACAGUCAUCCAAACCUCACCCACAUUGCACCUAAAUGUGACCAAAGCAGCAUUUGAAAAUGGGGGAAAUUAUACCUGCAGGGCGAUGAACAUAGUUGGAAAUGAAAGUAAAUCCAUCUUUGUGGUUAUAAAAUCUCCCACAAAUGAUGCAUUCCAUCUUGUAGGAUCAUUUUGUGGCAUUUUGGUCUUACUCCUCACUGUCAUAGUUAUUACAGCAUUAAUGGUCAAGAAAUGCAAGCAAAGGAGAAGGCCACCAGAGCAGGCCAAAGAAAAUGAAAGCUCACCACCAAAUAAUUCUGAAGUGGUUUAUUCCAAUAUAGAAAGAAGAAAUAUAGAACAGAAACCCAAUACAAGUCUCAGCUCUCCCAAUGAAUGUAAAAACCGUGAAGAAGACCUGCAAUAUGUGACCCUUGAUUUCUCAAGAUCAAAACCAAAUACGUCUCGAGAACCACAAGAGACUUUAUAUUCAGAAGUCAGACGAAACUAACACAAGGAAUGAGUGGUAUUAGA